AAAACUUUUUAAAAUUUCGGAAUUUUGCAUUAUUUUUGGCGGAGAAAAAGCGUUUACAAUUUAAUUUAUAAUAAUAUAUUUUAUUUAUUAAAUCAACUACAUAUUCAUCGCCAUUUCCAGAACGUAAUGGCUUAACUGAACCCACCAUGGCAUCAUCUUUUGCUGGUCAAUUUUCCAAUUUAAAGAACUCCGAAUUAUUUCCAAUUGCGAGCAGUAUCGAAAAAGAUGACAAAUCCGAAGAAUCAACGUCAGUCAACAAAGUUACUAAAGCCCUUCCUUCGAAGAGUCAAAAUUCAAUUCUAGUCAGUCCGAAACAAAAAGGAAAUCCGUUAUUAAAAGCGAUUACCGCGACACCGUGGGAAUAUGAUGAAAGUAUAAUUCCAGAUUAUGUAAUGGGUAAAACCACUUGCGCUUUAUUUCUGUCGUUGAAAUACCACAAUUUGAAGCCAGAUUAUAUAAAUGAACGUUUAAAACAACUCGGUAAAAUGUACGAAUUACGCGUACUUUUAGUACAAGUUGACUUGCCCGAUCCUCAUCACGCUUUGAAACAUUUGGUUAGAGUUUGUCUGCUGUGCGAUUUAACGUUAAUGUUGGCCUGGAACGCGCACGAAGCCGGUAAAAUAAUCGAAACGUACAAAGUGUACGAAAAUAAACCCGCUGAUUUGAUUAUGGAAAGGCAAGAAGGCGAAUUAAAACUUCAGGUAAUAAAUGCCUUAUCUUCUAUUCGAUCUGUGAAUCGUACCGAUGCUGCAACAUUACUUUCAACUUUUGGAUCUAUUAAUAAUGUGGUAAAAGCGUCUAAAGAAUCGAUUGCGCUUUGUCCUGGUAUCGGUUUGCAGAAAGCUACUAGAUUACAAAAUGUUCUGAAACAACCGUUCCUCAAGAGCAAGUCAACCAAAACAUCCUCCCAACAGAAAGAAAUUACCAAUUUUUUAAAGAAAACGUGAAAGUUUUGUAAUUUACACGAAUCGUUCAGUAUUAUUAAAUUAAUUUUUUUUUUCAUUCCAUUUUCAAUUUUUUUAAAAUAAAUGAUUAAGUCACGAA